AUGUCGUCGAAAAUAGCAUUCCUUGAUCUCCCACCGGAGGUUCGAAACACUAUUUAUGCGCAUUAUGUCACAUCCAGAGGAGGCUAUGUCUUCAAUUUCGAAUCGGGAAAGCUGGUGGCUGCCAAUAGUGACGGGAGCACUCAGCCCAUCGACCAGGCUUUGAAGUUUACAUGCAAGCAAGUUGCGGAAGAAAUGAGGGGAUUGGAUCUCGCAGCAAAUCUUGUCACUUUCUAUACUGGAUACUCUGACAGAUGGCGCAUCAGCGCAGCUGCUUUUCAUCAUAACAUGGCCAACUUAAACUUUGAGGCCUAUCACUGGCUUCAAGGGCCGGGGGAAGAGAGUGAUGAUGAAGAUGGAGAUGAGACUUCAGACGAGAGCCAGGAACAGAGCCAGGAACAGAGCCAGGAACAGAGCCAGGAUGAGAGCCAGGAUGAAAGCGAAAACGAAAGCGCAGAUGAGAAUCUAAUUGGGGACGAGGAUAAUGAGGAUACAGACGAAGAGAAUGGGGACGACGCCCUUCAUGCUCCUGAACUCAUGCCAGGAUUUACAACUGCAAUAGCCAACGAGGUGGCACAGCGAUACCCAAAGUUUAAGCCAAUAUUAGAUGGCAUUCUGGAAGGCCAUAAUAUUGUAGAUAUGGAUGAUGACUUCGGCUUAGUGCCAUCGUAUAAACGGCUGGCAACUCUGUAUACACUUGAACUUCAAGUAAAGCACAGCUCCACACCAGAGCAUUGGCUUAGAGUCCCGACACAUUCUCUUGAAGAAGUUCUGGCCCUAUCCAAGGAGUACCCGCCCUGGCGCUGUUGUCUAACGGAGGAUGAGCUUCAGGAGCUAAAUGUCGGAGCCAUUUCCAGUCGACAAUCCGCAUCAUACUGGAAGUUCCCACAUACAACAAGAGAUGGAGAACAGCAAUACACUCAAGGGAAAUAUCGCUAUUCGGCAGCCGCCUUGGCUAUACGAUUUCUCUCUAGGUUACCAGGACGAUUACGAGCGUGCUUGCGAAACAUACGACUAAAUGAGAAUGCAGUGAGCGUGGCGUAUCCGGAAUGCCAUGCUCAAGGGCUUAUCAAGUUUUGCAUUGAAAAUCCAAAGCUACACAUUGAAAGACGCCUUGACUUGUGGAGAAAUGUUUUCCAAUCGCCAUCUAAUGAAUUGACGAAUCUAAUAUUCACAUUCGAAGGUCGAUGGGAAUGGGCCAGGGACGGUUACGAUGGCAGAGGCCAAGGACUCUGGUCUUUGGAACUCACAGACAGCAUUGCUCUUUGGGUGGCAGAAGCAUUAGCUCUUAUUCCGCUAGGUAUGCCCGAGAAAUCUUUUACAUUAAUUCUAGACGGAGGAGAAGUGCCCCAGCAAUGCACAGAAAUCUUUCAAACAAUAGUCCAGCGCGAUGCCGCUUGGCAACAGGUGUGGGAAAUGUUGACUGCCGAUACUUCCUCGGACGAAUCCUUCUUCACCAAGAGAAUACACCAUUGUUACAGGUUUGAGGGAUUUCCCGAGGCAAUUAGGGAUAUUGUGGAUAAGUCAUCAGGCUUUAUUCAAUGCGCAUUUGACACAGGACCAGCCACUUGGGAUGCUGAAACGGAAUUUCAAAAAUAUCGCCACUUCAGCCUCGAAGAUUCACAUAAUCUCCCAAUCGCCAAUCAGGUGUUUCUUCAGCCGCAGGACCCACCACCAAACUGGAUUGAUCUUCACGCAGAGAAUAUUUUACCAGAAUUCUUCACUAAUCAAGCCUUGGUUCAACUUGACCAGAAAAACGAAUGGCUUGUUAACGAGAUGAAAGGAAUACGGGAUGAUGGUUUUGAAGAGCAGAAGAAGCGCAUUGAAGAGCAUAAGCAACAGAUUGCGAAGGCCAAGAAAGAGAGGGUGAAGCUGGAGGUUGAACGACUGACUCGUGGCUUCUCCUUUUUCGAUUUAAGCCACCUAGAUAUUACAGAUUAA